CGCAGACCAGGGCACAGGAUAAAUAAAUAAAAACCCUUUGCAUGAGAGAUUAGACAUGCUGCUUUCUGGAAAUGCCCCCACAUGGCCGAACGUCUCUCCCAGUCGUAAAGGAGGUUCUGCAGCAGGCAUAUUUAUUCCUCCCUCCCUUCCUUUUGCCAAAAAAUUUUUGGACGCUAGAAAAAGGACUCUGACGUCAAUGUCAAAGUAAACCAAAGGAGUCUGGCUGCUGCGGCAGCAUUGAGUUAGCACUCUGGAGUAACAGGGGACUGCUGCCGGGCUGACUCAGGGAUCUGGAGGCAGGAGCGAUGCUUUCUCCAUCAAGCUGAAUAGACAGGUGCCUGUAAAACACUCGACCAUGGUAUCUUCCAAUGACUCCACAGUGUUGUCCAAUUACACCACUUACAGCCUGUUCAACAAAUUUGUCCACCUCGAUGGAGAACUGUCGGACACGUUUUAUACCCUGUGGAUAGUGCUGGUGGUGAUCAAUGCCAUCAUUUUUCUGGUGGGCGUGGUGUUGAAUUCUCUGGCCCUCUACGUCUUCUGCUUCCGCACCAAGACGAAAACCACCUCGGUCAUCUACACCAUCAACCUGAUCAUCACCGACUUGCUGGUGGGCUUCUCUUUGCCCAUCCGGAUCAUCAUGCACUAUAGCGCCAGGAACUGCCAGAGGUGUGCCCUCGUCCACAUCUUCACCUACUUUGUCAACAUGUAUUGCAGCAUCCUCUUCCUCACCUGCAUCUGCAUCGACCGGUACCUGGCCAUUGUCCAGGUGGAAGCCUCCCACCGGUGGAGGAACCCCAAUUACGCCAAAGGCAUCUGCAUUUUCAUCUGGGUCUUUGCCACCGUGGUCACCUUCUCCAUUCUCACCAUGGCUAUGCAGUUCUCAGACUGCUGCAUCGCCCAGAUCCUGCCCCUCAUGGUCUGCGAGUACCUGUUCCCCCUUGUCAUCAUCACCUUCUUCACCACCAGGAUCAUGUGCGCCCUCUCCAAGCCGACGCUCAUGCACCAGAGUCGCGAGCGGCGGAUGAGGGCAGUCCAGCUCCUCAUCACGGUCCUCAUCAUCUUCAUGAUCUGCUUCACUCCCUUCCACGUGCGCCAGCUGGCCAUCUCCAUCAACCCAGCCAUGCGCAAUGACAUCAGCUUGAUCGUCUACCACGUGACCGUCACCUUGAGCAGCCUCAACAGCUGCAUGGACCCCAUCGUCUACUGCUUUGUCACCAACAAUUUCCAGUCAACCAUGAAGAACAUCUUCAGGAAGUCUGAGCCUGAGCAGACCAGUGGAGACAUCAUCAGCGUAAACAAGGGCUCGGGCUCGAAUGCCAUUAUGGCCUUCUCAAAUGCUGUAGGGACCCCUCUGGCCCUGCCCUCACCAAAUAGUACAGUGAGCUCCUAAAGGCUGGUGCGCCCCCAUGUACAUUGUUGUAAAUGUCAGACUAUGCGGCACUAUUCUGUUUCCUAAGAGUAAUUUAGAACAUCACGUUGACCUUCAUCAAAUAUGAAGCAACACUCCUUGGGUUCUCCAGUGGCACCAAGAAUGGCAGGCUGGCUUUCUCUUGUGGGAAUGAUAUGGCAAGGUCUCCACUUCAUUGCCAGUUCCUGGGUUUGCACCCCAGGACGGAGUCUGCAUUCCGACUUUGCAGCACCAGCUCCCUCAACCUGGGAAUCACAGAGCAAAGGACAGUCGCAGCUACAUAUUUUGGCAGGUCUGUCCACUUCUCCACCAUCACUUGGAGAGAACUUGAAACAUAGAAGGGUGUUUUGGUUUUUUUGUUCAGAUGCCACUCCUAUAGACAGUUUCAACAACGACAGAAGGAAAUGUUAACAAUGGAUGCUUCCAGACUAUUGCUAUGUUCAAGUGGAAUUCAGCCAUGGACCGGCAAAUUUCAGCUGCUUUGGCAUUCUUAUGCAGCAAAUCCACUUUUCUCUCCAAAAUCGUUAAUUUUCUGCAAUAAAGAGAUUGAUGGGGAAAUGCAGUGGAGAGUGUGAGAUAACAAUUGUUUUAUGCAACGUUUGUACUAUCGCCUCACAAGCAAAUCAAAAUGGAAUACUCAAUAAACAGUCACUAUGGUCUCACCACUCGACAAACUUUGCACAAACAAAUCAGAAUGGAUGCUGUCUGGAAGCAACCAAUGACUUAGAACUGUGAAGGAUAAUAAUAAAGGAGAUGAACAAUUUUGAGAAA